AUGGGUUGUUGUUCUACUAAAGGAAGACGAAAAGGCUCACUUUCUAUUCCAAAAGCUAGUAUUUUAAAAAAAACAAACCCUUCUCAAUAAGUUUAAAAAGAAUUAGUCAACACGAAAAAGAAAACACUCAGUUUUUAAAUGCUGUCCAUAAAUUCCUAGGAAGUGAAUAGAAGAAGCCUUUAUACCAGACAAAUUAUUUCGGACUGA